AUGGACGCACAUGCCUAUCUCGUCCGCUACGGCUGGGGUGGUACCGGCAAACCUCUCAAUCCAAAAAAUCGCGCUGGCCUCGGUCUAACCAGGCCCAUUCUCGUCGGUCGCAGACAGAACAACGAAGGCGUAGGAAAGAAGCCAAACACAGACUCAACAAACCAGUGGUGGCUUCGAGGCUUUGAGGAUGCACUGGCUGGUAUCGGGAAAGACACUCCUGCUCCUAUAACAACGUCAAAUGCCUUGACGAGCGAGUUGUAUCGGUACUUUGUACGCGGAAAGGGUCUGUCUGGGACGAUCAAAGACAAGGAAGACACAACGGAAACAGAAGAUACACCCGCUAAGUCGAAAUCAAAGCCAUCCAAGAGGAAGCGCGAUGAUGAAGAUGAUUCUGAACGUCGGACUAAGAAGAAGAAGGCUUUGCGGAAAGAGGAAAAGGCUGCACGGAGGGAGGAGAAGGCGGCGCUGAAGGAGGAGAAGCUUAAACGUCGAGCGCUGCGGGCAGAGAAGAAGGAGAAGAAAGAGAAGAAAGAGAAGCGCAAGUCUGAGAAAUCUUUGAAGGAAAAAAAGUCAAAGAAAUCUGUUACCAGCGAGGAGUCGUCUACUUCUUUUUCGACCGGGAAGGAACAAGACCAAGGAUCAGAUGCUAUGGAGGUGGACGAGCCUUCAAUCCAAACAAAGGUUAAGAAGGAGAAGAGAGAAAAGAAAGAAAGAAAAGAAAAGAAAAGCAAGCGAUCUGAGCAAGACAUUCAGGGCAUGGAGGACAUGGACUCCAAGAAAAAGUCCAAAAAAGACAAGAAGUCCAAAGCAGCUUGA